UUGUGGAGAAAAAACUACUGCUGUGCAGUGUGUUGUGCUAGUGGGUCGUUUCAUGUCAGGUAAAAAAGUCGUGUUGUGCCGUACAGUGACGAAUAAUGGGAAAUUUGAUGAAAAAUAUGGUGCGACUGCUUUCGGCAUUCGUUAAAUAACACGCACUCUUUUACGAGGUGAAGACCAGGCUGCCAAUCAAGCUUUACAUGUAAAACCAACCGAGCUUUUUCGACAUAAUAGAAAAUUAGCUGAUGUGAAUUGAACACACCUUGAAACACAGAAAAUUGAAAGAGAAAAACAGUGAGAAAAAGAAAAGAUAGUAAUAUGCAGCGGAUGUGGUUUAUAGAGAACAAAGAGGAGGAGCAAUUGAAGCAGCUAGAAGAGCCACGUGAGACUAGCUUCAUCGAGGUGGCGACUGAACAUACAUCAGACAUGAGGGGAUCUAAAAGGGACUGGAUUUUUAGGGUCCAGGUGCAUAAACUGGAGAAAAAUGAAGUUUUAUACGUGGUGGGCAAUUUGCCCGAGCUGGGUGCUUGGAAUCACAAUCAAGCAGUUCAAUUAUCACAAGAACAUGGCAGUCGGGAUUCUCCUACACUUUUUGAUAGUAACAGUAGUGCAGAAUUUUAUAGUGAUGAUGGACAUGCUGGGGAAAACUUAUUUGGUGAUGUAGAUGAUGAAGAUGGACAGACAUUUUCACAAAAAGUUUCACUUCCCAUUGAUACCGAUGUAGAAUUUCGAUAUUUCGUUGCUGUCAUCUGUCAAUCCAAUGGUACUAAGAAUUCGGCCAAAACUCUCAUUAUUCGUAGAUGGGAGACUCAUAUGGCACCUCGUCUCAUCAAAAAGAAUGCACCUAGCAAUUUUACUAGCGAUACAUUACCAGAUGCAGACAAAUUUGGUUAUUAUAAUGGUUAUUGUAAAAUUGAACGAGGCUGGUUGACUGACGAAACUGUGGUACAAUUUAAGCUUUUUAAUAAUCCAAUUAAAUUAUGGAAGAAUCGAUUACAAAAUAAAAAAGUUCACAUUAAGAUGACACCUGUAAAUCUAGUUAGGCACAAUUCUUUAGAAUUGCAACAGUUUGGAGGUGAUUGCGUAGAUGAUAGUCUUUCUAUGGAUACACAAGAUAUUGUUGAUCAACCUGCCUUCAGUAUUACGGAAAUAGCGGUUAUGAACGACGAAGAGCCCCACUUCAAGAUUCAGGAACAAUUUGGCCGAGCUUAUAAUGAAGACGAAUUUAUAAUCUUCAAUGUUGCGGUUCGAUAUCCCGAAACUAUCGCAUAUUUAGUGGACUACUACGUGUACAGCUCAAGGUGUUUUCCAGGAGAACCACCAAAUCAUAUUGGUUUCAGCUACAUCUUACCUAGCACGUUACAAGCUAGCGUUGGGCUUUUAACAGUACCAAUUACAAGCACCAAACAUAGACCAAUUGGACAACUUACAGUGGAAUACGUUGUGAUAAAAUCUAUUCCGGAUUAUCCGUGGGACAUGAGUAUUUCAUACGCGAAACAUUGGGAACAACGAUGGUCUGGCCUGGAUGUGGGACACAGAGGGCUCGGUACAUCUUUUCAAACGAAGAACUGUGCUAAUGUACGGGAAAAUACAGUAGCUUCUUUAAAGACCGCAUCAUAUCACGGCGCUGAUAUGGUUGAAUUUGAUGUCCAGUUGUCCAAAGAUCAUAUACCAGUUAUUUAUCACGAUUUUUAUGUAUCUAUUUCAUUAAAACGCAAGAAACAAAUAGAGGCUAUGGACAUGCUGGAAAUACCUGUUAAGGAUCUAACAUUGGAGCAGUUACAUUUGUUGAAGGUUUAUCAUGUGGCUGAAGGUCGAGAAAAAAAUCCGAGAUUCUUUGACGAAGAUUUGGAAGAUCAUCAGCCUUUCCCUACUCUACAGACCGUACUUCAAGAAUUAGAACAGCACGUCGGAUGUAAUAUCGAAAUAAAGUGGACAAUGCAAUUGAAGGAUGGCACAUUUGAACUUAAUCAUCCCUUCGAUCUUAAUUUAUAUUUGGAUAUUAUACUCAAAGUUGUGUUAGAAUAUGGAGGUGACAGAAAAAUCGUUUUCUCGUCUUUUAACCCUGAUAUCUGUGCUAUGAUUCGUCUUAAGCAAAAUAAGUACCCAGUAGUAUUCUUGACCCAAGGCAUAACCUCAAAAUAUCCUACUUAUCAUGAUCCAAGGUGUCAAACGAUACCGAUGGCUGUUAGACAUGCUUUAGCGGCUGAUAUCUUAGGAAUUAAUGUCCAUACCGAAGAUAUUCUUCGAGAUCCGUCUCAAGUUAAAUUAGUAAAAGAUGCUGGGUUAAUUAUCUUCUGCUGGGGGGAUGAUAACAAUGAUAAAGAUACGAUUCAACAUCUGAAAAAACUCGGUUUACAUGCUGUUAUUUAUGACAAAAUUGACGAAUACAAUGCGAAGGAAGUUAAAGAAAGCAUAUUUUUGGUGGAUGCAAGAGAAAAUCAGAAGGCAUUAAUUGCUUUGGCACAGUGUAAUCAAAAUUGUUCAGCCCAAUCUCAAAUUUCCAGUUCUCUUAACUCAGAAAAGGUUGAGGAUUACUAUAUGGACAUUGAUAAAUCGCGAAAUAUGAUUACAACAACAUCAACAACCUCAGUUGCAACUUUUGGUAAGAAUAGUAUUGGUGGUGAUAAUGUAUAUUCUGUGUCGACUGUUAAAUUACCACCUACAUGUGACCAUCAGGAGAGCGAAGAGAUCAGUGAAAUGACAAAAGAUUUUAGCGUUUGCGCGAAAUCCUUCGGCCACUCAGUAAAAGCUAAAAGUAUCUCAGACUUAGUUUGCGGUCAAACAACAGCGCUACCAGAAAUCUACGGAGAGGAUGAAUCUGCAAAGGAUUGUCUUUGAUGUUUCUGUUUCAAGCCAUUCAUGUCGUUGUUUUGUUUAGACAAGGACUGUCUAGAUGAUACAGCAGAUAUUGUUUAGAAAAGGACUUCACAAAAGAAAGGAAAAAACCGAAAAAAAAAAUUUUCUUUUAUAAUUUAUAAUUACUGUAAUCUUUACGAAGGGGUUAAACAGCACUAGUUUCUCCCCUACAGUCCUAGGAUCCGUACAAUUGGAUCAUCUCAACGGCCAUUAUAACGGAAUGUACACAUACACCAGUGCACAAGAAAGACGAUCGAUUGCAUUUUUCACAUCAUUUAUCAUUCCCGCAAUCGAUCGACUUAAUUGUCCAUUUUUUUAUUAUUAUCUUACUUAAAACUCUACACAAUGGCCUUUUUCUUUUAACGCUAAUUGAGUUCAACGUUGGCUGUAUAGAAGAAUGUGAACUCCUGUUAUUUUGACUGUGACAAGCGAGUGCUGGAGUUUUAAGUUUUUAGUACAAAUAUCCUUAAUGUUUUCAUUUAGUCCAUACAAAAACUGUCACCCCUCUCAUAUUCCUGUCUUUACUAAACAUUAAUUUAACAAAACAAAAAAAAGCAGUUUGACAAACAAAUUGAAAAAUAUAUGACAUUACGAGUAUGUACUUUUUUUUUCUUUUUUUUUAAAUAAGUUAUUAAGAAAAUUAAAAAAAAGAUGAUACGAUUGCCUUUGACAGCUUCAAAUGUUGACAAAGCAGCUGCAGGGUACCUAUCUUUCGUAGAUAUAAAAUGUUUCAUAUUCAUUUAUUUAUAUUUCGAAAUAUUUUUAAUAUGACAUCUUAGAAAUCGAAGGAUAUAAAGAUUAGAGAAAAAUUUCUUUAUUGAAUAUUUGCUUAUUUAAAAAUUUUUAACUAAUAAUUAUAAACAAAGGAAAAAAUUAAUUAUUUUUCCAGAUUAAAUAACACGGUGAUUAUCAUUAAACAAUUUCUCUGUCUUUGUACAGCAAUUACUUUAGACAAUUGAAGAUCGGUUCUUUUUUGGUAGAAACAUGAAGAUUGUUCAUUCGCUUUAUUAGGGACUACUUUUUCCUAUCUGAACUUCGACGUCUGAUUAAUUUUAUAUUGUAAUAACUGCAUCAGUAACAGAAUAAGUAGCACGCAAAUAUCUUUUCAAAGUUUUUGAACGGAGAAGAUAAUUUUUACCUCUAUACCGCAUUGGUAGUAUGCUAUACAACUUAAAGAGAGCGAUUGUAUCAAUCGUUAAGAUUCUGGCAGUAUACAGAAUAUCUGUUGGUUUUAGAAAAGUAUAUCGCAGAUAUGUUAAUGGGAUCACAUACGUAAGUGCACACGUAUCGUGCGUUAAAGCGGGGGGGUUACUGAUCUUUUCUAUUGUCAUAGAGGCUAUGCAUUGUAAUAAACCAGUUGAAGGAUAUUAAUCGGUUCGAUAAGUUUGUAAUUAAUGGUAGAAUUUUGAAAAUUCUAAUACAUAUAGGUUAAUGCGUUACAGUCUUCAAGUGUAUAUUGAUAAACUUCAUAUAUAUUUCAGAUUUCUAA